AUGACUGUGGACGCAGACGACACGGCGGUCCCGCGCAUUUCGCGCUUCAGGGAGCACACAAACACCAGCAGCAGCAUUCGGGCACCACCGGAGGAGCUGUGGAAGGAUGUGGGCAUUGAGGACCUGAUUGACCAGUUCAACGAGGAGAAUGCAAAGCCGGCACCAUUGAGGAAGACGUCGGCGCAACAAGCUGCUCGGUAUUCCAGGUCUCAAACUGGUUCCAGGUCGCCUUCUGGUACCUCGACCCCAAAGCGCUUUGGCACCCACCUCAUCACUGGCACUGGCACUAGCACACCGACAAUGGCGAACAUACCUACGGAAGGAACAUAUGCGCGCCUGCGUAGCGCCUUCGCGACCAUGUUUGGGGGUGUUUUGGGUAAGCGCAAGGCCGGACAAGCUGAUGCGGAGCGGGAAAAGGACCUACACCAGCAGCUGCUAGACGAACGCAAGACGGCGGCGGAAAUAGCUUACCAUGAGGCUAAGAGCCUUGGUCUAUUGCCCACGCCGAAGGUUUACGUGAGGCCUGCAAUGGCCGCAAGGCAACAACAACAACAGAAACUUGGUACGCCGGCUCAUCCUCUGCCCGCCGAGAAGAUGCAGCGUUUUCUGACUGCAGCAGUGGCCGAGGCAGCGACACCAAACCGCACACCACGAACGCCGGGCCUCUACCGCACGCCCAGCAAGAAGGAUCUCCAGAAGCAAAAAAAGCUGUCAAAGCGCGUGUCGGACCUCGAAUUCAAGCUCGCCUCUGCGCGGAAAGAGCUGCAGACGGUCCUCUACAAGGACAUGUCUCCUCCCCCCAACCAACCUAACCUUGCUCCCAUCCCACCCCCGACCCCCGACUUCUCUCAAAGCGAACCUGAAGCCGCAUCGCCCACCACGAACGACGACACCCGCAUGUCCGAGCCCCCAUCCAGCAUCGGCAAGAUUGUCAAGAAGCGCAAAGCAGCCAUGCACGAAUCCGACUCUGAAUACAAGCCCGUACCCACGGAUUCAGAAGCAGACUUUGACCUCCUCUCUGGCCCUUCUGCCUCUGAGCACGAGCGCGAGCGUGAGCGCAAUGUCGUUCCCGUCCGCUCUAUCAAGCGCCUCAAGAACUCUGCGAGCCGCAAGAGCCUCAAGCGCCAGUCGUCGAGGCUGCAUAGGAAGUUUUCGCGCGGCAGCAUGAAGAGCGAGGAGCCGAUUAGAGUUGUACCUGACGGCGUUAGCGUGCCUGAGGUUCCUAGUAUACCCGUUGAGAUGGAGGCCAAGGGCGAGAGGGUUAAAGUCGGGGAUGAUGGGUAUGGCGGGUUCGCUGAUGAGAUUUUUUAG